AUGGGCCAACUAGACCCAUUGGCCGACCACCCGUGCUCGCGCCUGGAGUCUCUCCCCGUGGAAAUACUUCAGUUGAUCUUUCUUCACUGUCUCGAAGUCAAUCUCCCCCGUGCAUCACCACGUUUGAGUAACGCGCUCUCCAGUCCGCUGCUUUAUAGCUGGCUUAUUCGGCUAGUGUUUAGCAGUACGAACCCCAGCUCGCGCGAGGGCUUCUUCACCCCGGACUUUCUGCCGCCGCCGUUGGAUUUCUGGGCUUUGUCUUGGGAGGAGAGGCAACAGCUUCAGACUACCCUCCUGGCUUGUCGGUGGUGUACAUUUCCUCUGCUUAGACGGUGCCAGAGGGAAUAUGUUGCUCAUGCGAUUCGGCGCAAAUGUGCCGGUUUGGUUUUUCAUGAGGAUGAUGAGGCUAUCUUGUCGAAUCUAGAUCCGAGGUUUGAUAAUCUGGAUGGGUGUGACUGGGCUGUUAAUGGCCGGCGCGGGAAAGGCGACCUGGUUAUUCCCGCGCAGCUGAAGACCGACUCGAGGACUUCGACUUCUUCGUCUCGCAUCGACCGCAAAGUCGCCAUCUGGUUCCACUUCGGUGCUGUUCAGAUCCGCGAACCGCAUGAGAUCUAUUACGAGAAUGAUCUUUUCCGACUGCCUUGCUCGGUGGCUAUUCGUCCAGGUCGUAUCCCAGAUAAGGUCUUGCGGUCCCCAUGGUCAGAUUCACAGUUCAAGUUUCUACAGCUGCUGUCUACGGAUUUCUAUCUGGAUGAGGAUGAGGUUAGUCCUGACCGCUCCUCUAAAAUUACCUAUCGUCUUAUCCGAAAACGAAAGAUCGAGCCUUUCCGUCGUCUACUGCGUAUACCAUUUCGCGCUGCGAAUUGUCGUGUCCCUGCUCGUUGGCCGUUGCAGCCUUCGCAUUACUCCCUGGUCCGGCGAUAUGGAUCUGGACCUGGGGAUCCAUUUGCCAUGACUAUUCUGAAUGAACGCUGGAAAGAUAUUCCCGCCGACGCGAAGGAGGACUUGUUACGAUAUAUUGAGCAGUCAGGUACACCAUGA